AUAAACCCACACGAGGUCCACCUGUGCGUCCUAAAGACUCCGACUUCAAAGAUUCAGAUCUACAUGAUGGCAGUUUACCAAAAGGAGGAGGCGGUGAUAGUGGUGGCAAUGAACGAAAGGGCCCAAGUCCAAAUAAUGGUGAAGAAGCUGAUGGGAGCAAUAGCUGGAAUUGUAAGUGCUGUGGUUGCUACUGUAAUUGGAGCAGUAUCUAGUUUCAUUGCUUACCAGAAGAAGAAACUCUGUUUCAAACAAAGUGAUGAAGAGAAUGUGAAUAUGGAAAGCCAUCGGGGAGCACAAUCUGAGCCACCUGGUCAACGUGAUUUUGAUUUAGCUGAUGCUCUCGAUCAUCCAGACGACAUUAUUACUAGGAAGCCUACAGUGAUCAGAAGACCAACAAGACCUGUGCUGAACAAUGAUCUGCAUUUAGGAGAUGCUUUUGGUGGGGGUGACAUCUCAAGAAAACCUUUAUACCCGCCUCUUCCACCACGACCAGGAAGCCAUAGUAUUUCUGGAGGUUUUGAUGACUCAGAUCUCCUUGAUGGGAAGCCUUUACCACCCCACAUAACAGGAGAAGAGGAGCACAAUUUCAAUCAUGGAGGAAAUACAGAUUCAGGAUUAAUAGCUGGAGUUACAUCUCCUAUAAUUUCUGCUUUUGUAAUACUGGUUGUUGGAUCAAUAGCAGCCUACUCUGCUUACAAGAACAAGAAACUUUGUUUCAAACCACAGGGUAAGACCAAAUCAAUUUCAACUAGAUGA